AUGUCAGCCAGCGAUCGUCAUGCCGCCUCUGAUAGAGCUGCUGGUCGUUCGGUGCGCUCAUGGCUCCGAUCCUUGCUUCAGGGACCAUCGGAUCAACAUGCAGAUCGGGGAACCUAUGCCUCCUCACAAGGCUCCGCAGUCGUCUCAUCCACUGGGCCAGCCUCAGUCGGCACGGAUAUGAUCUCCUUCCAUCAUACAUUCGAAGACGUAGAGCGUCCAAGCUUUGCUCCUCCGCCAAGAUCUUUCAGUGGUGGCUCCAGCAACGGCUCGCUCUCCUACGAUGCGGCUGCCAAGAGGACAUUGGCACAGCCCAUUGCGACACCCCGUGCCGGUGCAGCACACAGCUCAACGAACCUGUUGUCCGCCAACAGUCUAGCCACGUCACCAAGUCCCAGUGCAUCACCACCCAAGAGCCCUCGCAUAGCACGCACACUGACGAGUAGUGUUGCCUCUCUCACUGAUCGGUUGCAUCACCAACGGCGUGCCAGCGAGACAUAUCGCAGGAUGAGAUCCGGCAGCACGUCGGCAGAAGUGGAUUCACAGCAGAUCGUACUUUCUCGCAGCUUGUCUAAAACCUUGGACAGAGAUUCACCAUUGCUAGCGUCUCCUUCUGCGAUCUCGGAAAAUGAGCCGGUCUCCUCACCUCCUCCAACUCAUUUGAGUCACGACAGUCAACUAUCCCCGACAGGAUCCUUAGCUAACCCUUCCGAUAGCAAUCGAUACGGCCCCGAGACCUCAGGUGUCCGACGAUCCGAUUCCAGUGGCACUACAACUGCAAUCGGGGAAAGUCUUUCGCCAUCGCAAAGCUCUGCUGGUGCAGCUCCAUCGACUUGUGAGGCAAGUCACGAAUUGCUGCUUCCUGAAGGCGAACAGAUGCUCAAGGUCACUCACAAAAAGGUCAAGCCACGCACCUUUAAGCUCGAUCCAGAUCGCGGCCAGAUUCUGUGGGAAUCAAAGAAAAACAAUCGCGUCAAUCUCGAAUCGAUCCGCGAAGUCCGUUUUGGGCCCUCUGCUGCCUCGUAUCGCACAUCCCUCAACAUCUCUUCGGCACACGAGUCGCGCUGGCUUACCAUUAUCUACCAGAAUAAUGGCAUCUACAAAGCCCUUCACCUCAUUGCCCUUUCCGAUCAAUCGCUCUCGAGAUGGCGAGCCAGUCUGCUCCAUCUCCAAUCUCUGCGAAGAGAGCUUCUCGGCGCAGUUGGCGCUUCCUCGAGCCUUGAAAAUCGCCGUCACCUCUGGAUGCGCCAUCACUGGAAAGAUGCAGACGAGUCCAACGAUGAGAAGCUUUCCAUCGAAGAAGUCAUACUGCUUUGUCGACGUCUAGGUAUCGAGUCCAACAAGGCUCACCUUCGACGCUGCUUCAACCUUGCCGACUGGCGCAAUCGCGGCUUUCUCGAUUUUCAAGACUUUCAGCACUUUGUCUCGCUGCUCAAGCAGAGAGCCGACAUUGAGACCAUCUUUGCUGCCUGGGCGGACCAGCCUCUGGAACAGCCUCUGGAACAGCUUCGACGAGGGUCUGGCGUAACUAAGGAUGACCACGACCUUCGAGGACAGGCACCUGAGCUCGAGGGUUCUCCGGCCCUGUCAGACGCAUCAAGCGUCGAUACCCAAUCUUGCCCUGCCCCUUCGGUCAUGCAAACUAGCCGGGUGAUGGGGCCUGAGCCGUGUAGAACCCAAGCUAUGUCGAUAGACAGUUUCCGGCGCUUCAUUCGUGAAGAGCAAGGCAAUCACAACUUUUCUAACGGUCAGAUUGACGAUCUCUUCCACCGGCACUGCAACAGUCGCCUUUCAAGCUCGCAUCACGCCGAUGCCCCUACCGAAAGGGCCCAGAUGGACUACGAUGGCUUUCUUGAUUUUCUUUCUUCAUCUGACAAUCCACCCUUGCUAGACCAGCUUCCACUCUUUUCGACCAUUGUUUCGAACCCUGUCGAUGCGACUGUGCUGGGCAGACCUCCAUGUUCGGGCUCGAUAGACGCAGUCGAGUAUAGUGACACACAGCAGUGUUCGCAGCAGCAAGACACAGACGCCAAUCAGUGCCCACAGCAACGCACACCUUCGCGUGCUUUUGCCAAUACAACUGACGAGCUGAUCGCUGCAGGGGCAAGCGAUUCGAUGGCAAACACGAGAAAGGUGGCCGCCCAUCUACGCAAGUCGACCAUCCAGCACGACAUGACGCGUCCUUUGAGCGAGUACUACAUCAGCUCGAGCCACAAUACUUAUCUCGUCGGAGGACAGUGGAAAGGAGACAGUACCGUCGAGGGUUACAUCCGCGCUCUUCUGCAAGGCGCACGUAGCGUCGAGCUCGACUGCUGGGAUGGUCCUAACAACGUGCCGCAGAUCACCCAUGGGCGUACCCUCACCAGCCGGGUGCCCUUUCAGGACGUCAUCAGCGCUAUUGCUCGCUACGCCUUUGUCACGUCACCUUAUCCUCUCAUCCUCAGUCUCGAGGUACAUGCCGACCCACCGCAGCAAGAGGUCAUGGCACGUAUCCUCAUAGAUACGCUUGGUGAAAUGCUCUUGAGCCAGCCGAUUGACUCUCAGACUUUGCCCGGCUCGACUGACGAGCUUCCUUCGCCUGAGAAGCUCAAGUUCAAGGUAUUGGUCAAAGCGAAAAAUGUUGCAGCGGCUGAUGGUCACCAAGCGCUCCCCCUUCCAAAGGCGGCCGAUGGCUUGGCUUUGUCUGCUAAGCAGAAAGACGGCACCGAUGUGAUUCCCACCAUGGUGCUCGAGCCGCCAACGUCUGCAACAGAUACCACCAGCACGACCGACUCUGAGAUUGAAUCGCGUCUCACCAGCGCUAAGCAGCUCGUUUGCCGCGUCACCAGGCGCAGUCAUCGAGUCCAAGCGACAUCGGCAGGUCAAGCAGGAUAUCGUUCCGGUGAUGCAUCCGAUGAUGGCACUGCUAAAGCAAGUUACGAAACCCCAGGUAAUGGCAGUCGAAGCAGCAAAGCAACGAAAAAAAUGAUGUCGACCGCGCUCGCUUCACUGCUCAUUUAUACAAUCGGCGUCAAAUGUCGCGGUUUCAACAAGAAGGAGUCUUAUGCUACUCAGCAUAUGGUCUCCUUGUCGGAGAAGACUGCCCUCAAGAUGAUCCGCGAUCCCAUUUCCAAUGAGGCACUCAUCAAGCACAACCGCUCCCAUCUUACGCGUAUCUACCCCUCGAUGAUGAGCUUUGCGAGACUGCACGCCAGUCGAAACUUUGUUCCGCUUGACAUGUGGGCAGCCGGAUGUCAGCUUGUGGCGCUCAACUGGCAGACGACUGAUUUAGGCUUUGAGCUCAAUCAGGCCAUGUUCAGCCGCAACGGCCGAUGCGGAUACGUGCUCAAGCCAGCAGCGCUACGCACCAAAGAGCACGGCAAAACGCUUCAGGGAAAAGUGGUGCGCUUUCAACUCGAUCUUCGCAUUGUAUCGGCGCAGCAGUUGCCAAAGAAGAAUAAAGCUGGUGCGAGCAAGGACAAAGACAAGGACAAGGGGCAUAGCUACCACGACAACCGCGAGCCGAUUGACCCGUUUGUGGUAGUCUCCUUGCUGACGCCUGGUUGCUGGGGCAAGCAACCCAAGGGGCUAUUGCAGAAAGCGUCGACGCCGAGAGAGGCGAAGGAAUUGCCCUUGUCACCAGCUCCGCCCGUAGAUCACUGCGAAGCGGCCCCUGACAGCGUAAUACAGACCCGGCAAACAAGCGUUUCUGAACAGAGUUCAGGCGAUGGCACCAUUGCAGCAGCUUCAAGCCAUACAGAUAAGCGCCUCCAGCAUUCAGCCGACGUUGGUUCCUCCUCUGAACCCUCGCCAGGGCCACAGAGAGCUAAGUCAUCGGCAAAGACGACAGCCUUAGCGCCGACUCACCUUCUUCGCACUCCAACGGUGAAGGGCAAUGGCUUUAGUCCGGAGUGGCAUACACACAUGAGCGUGCUCAUCGACGUUCCCGCCGGGGCCAGUAAUGAGCUUGCUGCGCUGGUCGAAGCCAGCAAGGCCUCUCAAGGCGCUGCCUUGACGUAUCCGGAGCUGGAACGCCUAAGUCGUGGUCUUUUAGACCUCUGCUUUGUGCGCUUUGAGGUUUUUGACGAUGACUUGGACGAUGACGUUGCUGAAGAACAGGCUACAUCAAGGACAACACGAGGUUCUGAAGACACACUGGCUCCGACCCCAUCGAUCUCGACUGCCGUCGUCGAAUCUGGCUCUCGACUCUCUUUGAACCCAACGGCAGCGAUUCGACAAAGCAACACCGAAGCUGCUGCGGAUGACGACGCUGGAAGCAAGGCGGGUAGUGAAACCUCGUCUACAUCAUCCACAUCGUCGAUCGACGCUGAGAGUGUAGCAGCUUAUUCAGUAUCGGUGGGUGCUCUACAACAGGGCUACCGUCAUCUACCGCUGUACGACCAUCAGCUCUCGCAGUUCCUGUUCUCGACCCUGUUCGUUCAUUCAAGGUUGCGUCUGGUUGGACUCGUUGAUGGCGUUGCACCUGGUAAGCAGUCAUGA